AUGCAUUUAUCAAUCAGUGCAUGGAAUGAUGUUUUAGAUGAAACAAUUUCUAAAGCCUUUCGACAUGCAGGUUUUAUUAAAGAAACAGACGUAACUGAAGAAAUCCAUGACAAUAGAUCUCACGACAAAGAUGAGGUUCUCAUGCAUGAAUUUCGCCGUAGAAAUCCACAGUUGCCAGAACUUUCAUUCGAGGAUUUUUUAAAUGUGGAUUCUAAUGUCAUAUGCACGGAGGAAAUAUCGGAUCACGAUAUUAUUAGCAGCAUAAUCAACGAGAAUGAGAGACUUUCAGAUCCAGAAGAAGAAGAAGAAAGUAAAUCAACAAAUGAUAACAAAAAUGAAAAGAGUUCUGUUGAUGAGGGCAUCACUAGCAAUUCUGCUAGCAUCCGUGCAACAAUCAUAGCAUUGGCUAAGCAAAAACCUGCUUUGUCUCCUAACAUUGGUUUGACGUGGUUUACUGCAUUGAAGCAAGAAUUUUCAAAGAAGUAUUUUAAUGAGCUUGGGAAAUUUCUGACAACAGAAAGAGAAAAAUAUACUAUUUAUCCUCCCGUGAAAGAUAUUUAUUUUUGGACAAACACUGUAAAAAUUCAAGAUGUUAAAGUUGUUAUUUUGGGACAAGACCCUUACCAUGGACCAGGACAAGCUCAUGGACUUGCAUUUAGUGUCCGCAAAGGAGUGCCAUGUCCACACAGUUUGAUAAAUAUCUAUAAGGAGUUGUCUACAGAUAUACCUGACUUUCAAAUGCCUUCUCAUGGAUACCUGUAUGGCUGGGCAUCUCAAGGUGUGUUACUCCUGAAUGCAUGCUUAACUGUCAGAGCAAGCUGUGCUAAUUCUCAUCAAAAUAAGGGCUGGGAAAAUCUGACAGAUUCUGUUAUUGUUUGGAUCAAUAAUAAUCUACCUCACACUGUUUUCCUACUUUGGGGAGGAAAUGCCAAGCAGAAAUCUGCAUUGAUUAAGAAAGAGAAGCAUUUAAUACUGACUGCUGCACAUCCAUCACCUUUAUCAGCUCAUCGGGGAUUCUUUGGGUGUCGACACUUUUCUAAAGCUAAUGAGUAUCUUAAACAGCACAACAGGAAGUGUAUAGACUGGAAUUAUCUACCUUAAAGAAAAUAGACAUAGAAAGAAUUUUUCUGAAAGUUCUUACUGUUUGUAUGAAAGAUUUCAACUUAUCAUUUUAUAAGUAUUUAUAAUCAGUGUACAUUUAUCCAUUGUUUAUAACUCCAAUUUUUUUCAAUAAAAGUGAAGCAAAUAUAAA